ACACUAAGAAGAUUUCCGUAUUCGAUGUGUUUACUUUAGUUUCCUAUCGCUAUUUUUUUACUCGCGUAGUGUGAUGGUUUAAUAAUUGACAUCAAAGCAUGAUUUAUGAUAUAGAUCUAGUUUCUAAUGUAGAUCUAAUACAUAUUCAAAUUGGAUUUGAAUUUAGACUCAUAGAUCUAGUUUACCUAUAGACCUAGAAUCUUGUAGUUACUAGUAGUAAAUCAUCUACUCAACUGUCUAGUCAGUGACUCUCUCGAGUAGAUCUAUAGUCACAAUUUCAUUGAAUUUCAAGAAUUUGUGUAACUGUAAAGUCAAAAAGUGUAUUGUUACUUUUUUUUAGGCUCAUUACACACUGCCACAUUAAAAUUAUAAGUUAAAUAAGGUUUCAUUUUAAAUUAAGUUAACUUAUAAAGUUAAAGCUUCUAGAUGAGAUCAACUACAAAUUACUUUUUGAAACAAAUAGAUCUAGAUCUAACUAAGUUAGUAACUUGUAUACAAUUAAUUAAGUAAGGACUAUUCUAUGGCGGAAGCUAUUGAAGAGCCAGGAUAUUUUGCUGAUGAAACAACCAAGGAAGGAUAUGUUCGCUUAAAGAUCAAAAUUAAUGGCUUGAAAGUAAAAUCAGCUGGCCUCAGUAUAACCAACAAGAUUAGAGGUAUUCACAGUCACCCUGAAGGAAAGAAUGCAAUUAUUGAGAAACCUGAAUUUAACAAUAGAGGAUUUGUUCUACAUGUGAAAGGAGGUAUAGAUACUGAAAUGAAAGGAGCACAUUAUGGUUUGGUGAUAAAGCAAUUACCCUUUGACAUAGAGCCUGCUGAUUGUUAUUUAAAGGGUGAGGAUGGCUGGCUUUUUUUGUUUCUCAAGAAAAAGGAAGUCUAUCAAUCAUGGGAAAAAUAUAUCAGGGAUGGCAACUUAGAGACUGCAGUGGAUUAGCUGUAUAAAAGACAAGUUAAUUCACCUUUGUUAUUAUUUUAACACACAUUUUGUCAUGUCUGACUUUAUUUUGUGACGACUUUGAUAGAUUUGAAAUUGUAGAUUUUUCCAUUACUGAAUUUUUGAAUCAACUGAGAAUAUAAUAAUAAAAAAUAUCAGUUUAAUUGAGCAUUCAAACAAUUUGAGGUUUUUAAGAAUAGAAAAUGAUAGGGUUUGUUUUUUUUCAUGCAGAUUUUUUGUCUAAGUUUAGACCUAUAGUCCAUAUAUAAGUUGAUAUGUUAUAAUGUUCUUGUUUCUCUAAACAGGCUGUCCAUAUGUGGACCUAUGAAUUUAUAUUUUUAAAUGAAAUAAUUUUUUUGAUCAUUAAAUUGUUAAUUUUAUACAUUUGAUAUAUUUUACAGACAAAUGAAUUCAAAUACACAAUAUUUAUUAUUAAUAUACAUUUUUUUUUUAUUUGUUAAGUUCUUGUAAAAUAUGCAGUUACAUUUCUUAGUUUCUCUCCUUUUGUGCCAGUUUCAUUAAAUGUUACUGUAGUGUCUUCCCAGUAUUUUAAAGUAUUUUUUAAAGAAUCAAAAGAUGGCAGGUUAGCUUCAGUAUUUCAGCAUUAUUUUGAUCAAUUUCUAACAGAUGAAUCAUUGUUAAAAAUACUUCAAAUAUUAUACAGUUGUAAAGCACAUGUAUGACGUGAUGGUUGGCAGUUUAUUGAAAUGUUUCAAUGUCUCAAAUAAUCAUACAGUAAUGAUAAUUGGAUGGGAUUUAGGGGGGAAGCUGAUGAGGUAAAGCUCAUUGGUUUCUAUGGUCUACUGUUAAUAAGGAUGUCAUGUGGCCAGCACAAUGAUCAACUGCCUAUAUAUAUCCUCAACGUUAGUCAGGUACCCGCUAGAGUUGGGUUAACUCAGAAGCCACCUGAAAAAUCCUGAAUAAAAUUCUAGUCUUCAUUUGGAUUCGAAGAUAAGACCCUUUGGUUCAAAAUGCAGGUGCUUUACCAUUUGGCCAUCAUGCUUAUUUUAAAAUAGAUGAACCUAGUAUCUUUUAAAAUGAUUUAAUAUUAACCACAUGUGAUUGAAUUUUUUAUACUACCCUUUUUGGGGUAGCCCAUAGUUCUGGCAUGUUAAGAGCAAAAGCUGUAAUUGAAAUUAAUCAGCAACUGCCCUGGAGGUUACAGGAUUGUCUAUUCUAUCAAAUCUGUAGGCCCUUAACUGGGGGAAUCUAAGAAGGUUGGACCCAUUCAACCUUUCGGAUUAAACCCAAUCACUUUUUAGAAUGCUUAUAUUAACUCACUCUGUCUGGUAAAAAGUUGUUUACCUCUCUGACACCCAAUCUGGAAUCAAGCUGAAAAUGUGCAGUUAUUUCUUUUACAUGACAGCACAGGAAUCAAUUAAAGAAAUUAACCAAUAAGGUAAUAAGCUAUUGGUAAUUGAUUAGUUUGGUAUUUCGAACAAGGGAAUGAAAUUAUACUUGACUGCAGCAGUGAUAUAAGCUGAAUUGGUACACUUUAUAGGUCAUCGUCUGAGUCUUGAUGAACUCAAACAUGAAAUAGGACGAGAUUCUAAAAACAACAGAUAACUAUACAAUCUUCUAUGCUCAUGAGAGCUUCACUAGCAGAAUGGUUACAAUGUCGGCUUGAGGAGGUUUGAACCAUGAGUUUAAUCACAUGACUGAUCCAAACUAAUUGAUAAUAAUAGAAAAAGAAGGCUUGUCUUCGAGUCCAAAGAUUAAUAUGGAGUGUAGUAGUGCAGUAUUUCCUGUAGUUAUACAGCCGUAGAAACUAAUUGAUGCAACUAUGCUUAAUGUAAGCUUUGUAUUUUAUAAAAAUUAUUUUAUUUUCUUGUCAUAUAGAUCUAGUUGCCAUUAUUGUGAUCUUCACUGGGUGGAUGGUUUUAUAGUUUUAGCUUAUAUAUGUUGUCUACAUUUAUACGUUUUUUCUUUUGUUUUUAAUGUUAAUGAGAUUUUAUUGUGAUCCUUAUAUUGGAGUUAGGGAAGUCUUUCUUUUUGUUAUUCUUGUAUUAUCUUUAAAAAAAAAUAGUGACUUAACUUUUCUAAUUUACUGAGACUUUAAACAAUGUGCCAUAUGUUUAUUGAGUAAAUUAUGCUUUAGAAAUUUUAUGUUUUUUAUAUACCUGCGUAUAUCUGGAUGUAUUUUUAUUACAAAGCUUAUAAAAAUUUACUCUGUCUGCCUUGUACAAACUUUGUACACAUUUCUCUCAUUCCCAUUCUCAGAUCAAGUUGAAACUUUGUACACAUUUCUCUCAUUCCCAUUCUCAGAUCAAGUUGAAACUUUGCACAAUUAUUCAUUGUCCCUAGCAACACAUCAUCCAACAACAAAAUGAACCAAUUAAUUAGUGGUAAUUAAUUAAUUUUUUUUUUCUAUAGAAAAGGUGAAAUAAAUCUUUCAGUAUUAAGAUAUGUGGUUGUAAAUGUGCAGUUUUUUUUCUUUUUUAAGCUUUGUUGUUUUUGUUUUUUUGGAGUACUUUUACUUGUUAUAGUAAUGCAGACAUGAAGUUAUGAAAUUUUGUUUUGUAACUUCUUAACAGUUAUAUUUUAUUUUGGAAAAAAUUCCAAUUUAUUGAAAAUAUACAAAUUCUUACAUUCAUUUUUUAAAGGGUUUUAAUAACAAAAAUUUCUUAAGUUUUCAUCAUUUGAUAUCUCAUGCUUCAAAAAAAAUAUUUAAUUUUGAGACAAUGGAGAAGUUUAAAUUCAUGACUGCUUUAGUGUUGUUUUAUAUCCAUAUCAUUUUUAGUUGAAUGUCCUAGAAAAAAAAACUGUGCAAUGUUGCUGAUGAUUAUUAAUGAUGUCAUUCAGAUGUCAGAUCAAUUUCUGCUUUUAAUGUUAGAUGAUAUAACAGCAGGUCUAUGCAAUUGUUUUUUGUUUAGUUUUCUUACUCUCCCGGUAAUUAAAAACUAAGUGGCUUUGAUUAUAAAAUGUGAUCUCAAUUUUCUUGAUUGGACCUAAAUAAUUUCAAUUUUAUAAUUUGUUGUUGUUUUUUUGUUGUUGUUUUUUUUUGCUGAUCUUGUUUGUAGACCUGUCUGAUAAUUUCUUAGAUUUUAUUUUAAAGAUGGUUAAAAAAUAAAGAUAAUUGUUUAGAGAAGUUUU